AUGACUGGGCCAGUGGGACAUUUGUCAACGUGUUUCUUUGCUAUGAAUCAGCGUGUGGACCGAGAAGAGGGACUCCCUCCCCCUAAAAGUUCUCUGUGUGGGGAACAUGACAGCCAGACCAAAGCCCAGAGGAUCCAUCAGCAAAGAUCAAAUUCUCCUGAACUCAGCUGUCUGUCCAUGAAGAGUGAUCGGUCCAUGCCUGAAUUUCAUCAUUUCAAAUAUGAACACCCCUCAGCUGAUCAAUGGAUCCAUCAAAAGAGACCAGACUACUCUGUGUCUGUGGAGAGUGAGUGGUCUAUGGGUAGACGUGUUUGUUUCAAACAUAGACAGCUGUCUACUGAUCAGGGAGUUUAUCAGCAGAGCUCAGAGGUUCUCAGUGGUCAGUUUGUUCAGCAGCAUCAAACACACCUGAGGCCUGUACUACGAAGCUUGGAGGAGAACAUCGUCUGGUUUGUGAAGUAUGAGCUAGAUAAGAUCAAGAUGGUUCUGGAUCUGGGUUACCCAGAAUACUUGGAGAGACAGGCCGAAGAUGAUGAGGUGUUAGAUGAUGAGGAGCAAGAGCAGAGGAGGAGCAACAGAGAGGCAUUUCUGAAGAUCACACUGCAUUUCCUGAAGAGAAUGAAGCAGGAGGAGCUGGCUCAUUGUCUACAGAGAAGUAGGAGGAUUCUAACAGAUUGUCGAUAUAAACUGAAGUCUAAACUGCAGAAGAAGUGCCACAGUGUGUUUCAGGGGAUUGGUAAAAGAGGAAAUCCAACCCCUCUGAAUCAGAUCUUCACAGAUCUCAAUGUCACAGAGGGGGGGACUGCAGAGGUCAAUGAGGAACAUGAGGUCAGACAAAUUGAAACAGCAUCAAGGAAACCAGACAGACCAGAAACAAUAAUCGGACAAGAAGACAUCUUUAAAGCUCUACCCGGAAGAGAUGAACCAAUCAGAACAGUGAUGACUAAGGGAGUGGCUGGCAUUGAGAAAACCAUCUUAACACGGAGGUUCACUCUGGACUGGGCUGAAGACAAAGCCAACCAGGACAUAGAGUUCACAUUUCCUAUCGCUUUUAGAGAGCUGAAUGUGUUGAAAGAGAAAAGGUACAGCUUGGUGGGACUUGUGCAUCACUUCUUUGCUGAAACAAAAGACGCAGGAAUCUGCAGGUUUGACAAGUUCCAGGUUGUGUUCAUCUUUGACGGUCUGGAUGAGUGUCGACUCCCGCUGGACUUCAACAACAAUGAGAUCCUGACUGAUGUUACAGAGUCCACCUCGGUGGAUGUGCUGCUGACAAACCUCAUCAGGGGGAAACUGCUUCCCUCUGCUCGCCUCUGGAUAACCACACGACCCGCAGCAGCCAGUCAGAUCCCCACUGAGUGUGUCAGCAUGCUGACAGAGGUCAGAGGGUUCACUGACCCACAGAAAGAGGAGUACUUCAGGAAGAGAUUCAGAGAUGAGGAGCAGGCCAGCACCAUCAUCUCCCACAUCAAGACAUCACGAAGCCUCCACAUCAUGUGCCACAUCCCAGUCUUCUGCUGGAUCACUGCUACAGUUUUGGAGGAUGUGUUGACAGGGAGAAAGGAAGGAAAAGUGCCCAAGACUCUGACUGACAUGUACAUCCACUUCCUGGUAGUUCAGUCCAAAGUGAAGAACAUCAAAUAUGAUGGAGGAGCUGAGACAGAUCCACACUGGAGUCCAGAGAGCAGGAAGAUGAUUUUGUCUCUUGCAAAACUGGCUUUUGAGCAGCUGCAGAAAGGCAACCUGAUCUUCUAUGAAUCAGACCUGAUAGAGUGUGGCAUCGAUUUCAGAACAGCCUCAGUGUGCUCAGGAGUGUUCACACAGAUCUUUAAAGAGAAUAGAGGGGUGUACCAGGCCUCUGUGUUCUGCUUCAUCCAUCUGAGUGUUCAAGAGUUUCUGGCUGCUCUUCAUGUCCAUGUAACAUUCAUCAACUCUGGAGUCAAUCUGCUGGGAAAAAAACAGACAACAUCUUUGUGGUCUAAAGUGUUCACAAGCAAAUCAAGAUGUUUCUACCAGUGUGCUGUGGACGAGGCCUUGAAGAGUCCCAAUGGACACCUGGACUUGUUCCUUCGCUUCCUCCUGGGUCUUUCAAUGCAGACCAAUCAGACUCUCCUACGGGGCCUGCUGACACAGACAGGAAGAAGCUCACAGACCAAUCAGGAAACAGGAAACUACAUUAAGAAGAGGAUCAGUAAGAAUCUGUCUGCGGAGAGAAGCAUCAACUUGUUCCACUGUCUGAAUGAACUGAAUGAAGGUUCCUUAGUGGAGGAUCUGUCAGGUUGUCUGAUCACAGAGGAAGGCUGUGCUUCUCUGGCCUCAGCUCUGAGCCUCAAUCCCUCCCAUCUGAAAGUGCUGGAUCUGAGCUACAAUCAUCCUGGAGGCUCAGGAGAGAAAGUGCUGUCAGCUGGACUGGAUAAUCCACAAUGGAGACUGGACACUCUCAGGAUGGACCAUGGUGGAGAGCACAGGUUAAAAUCUGAUGUGAGGAAGUAUGUCUGUGAACUCACAGUGGACACAAACACAGUAAACAGAGAACUCGAAUUGUCCGACAACAACACGAAGGUGACACAUCUGGGAGAGGAUCAGUCAUAUCCUAAUCAUCCAGACAGAUUUGACUACUGGGCUCAGCUGCUGUGUAGAAAUGAUCUGACCGGUCGCUGUUAUUGGGAGGUCGAGUGGAGAGGAAGAGUGUCGAUAUCAGUGACUUACAGUGGAAUCAGAAGGAGAGGGUACAGUGUCGACUGUGCAUUUGGAAAAAAUGAUCAUUCCUGGAGUCUGUUCUGCUCUGAUGCUGGUUACUCUGUCUGGCACAAUAGGAGGGAAACAUCCAUUCCCUCCUCUGUCUCUAACAGAGUAGGAGUUUAUGUGGACAGUUCUGCCGGCACUCUGUCCUUCUACAGAGUCUCCUCUAACACACUGAUCCACAUCCACACCUUCAACACCACGUUCACUCAACCUCUGUAUCCUGGGUUUCGGCUCUGGUCUGGUUCUUCAGUGUCUCUGUGUCCUCUGUCUAAAAGGAGAGUCUCCUCCCCCGUAUGCUCCACCAUUGUUAAAGAGUCCAAGAAAACUAUUACAGGGCUCAGAGACCAGCUGGAACAGGCUCGAGGCAAGGACACAAAAUUCUCCACAGAGGAAAUCCAUAAGCUCAGACUUGAGCUGAGUGAAGCAAACCAGAAGCUGCAGCAGCAAAACAACAACUAUGCUGCACAGCGGUGUCUUCCCACACAAACCUGGAAGACCACGAAACUGGAAAUGACAUGA